AGAAGCAGCUCCUUUACUCUGAGAAAGCAGCCAGCCGAUCACACAAGAGGCAGAAUGAAAGCCUUCCUCCUCACCAUUGCUGCAGUGCAGAUUCUCCACUGCUCAGGAAUACCAAGCCCAAAAGAUGCUCUGAGAGUGUCUGUUCUAAAACUGAACCAAAUCACUGAGACCAGCAAUCUGUGUGGGAUAACCAGGAGAAGAGUGAAGGAUAUUCAACGCACUGGAAAAUUGUCAUACAACAUGGAUUUAACAUUCUCUGUGAAAGAAACAGUCUGCUCCAAGAAUUCUGGACUGGAAUUUGAUGAUCCCAGUUGUUUCUUCCAUCCCAAAAAGACUGCGGAAAAAGGUUUGUGUAAAAGUCGUGUUGAAUACUUUGCUGAUGAGGUUAUUGAUGUUGCUGUGGAGUGCCGGGGGUUGAAGACAUUUGAUAGCAACAGCGACGUUUCAGAGUUGACUGAAAACAGUAUUGAGGUCAAAACUAAGUCAAAGGAGAUACCAAAUGAGGAUUCAAUUAAUGAGGAAAGCAAGUCCACCGAAUCAUCGCUGGAGGAGUCUCCUGAUGUGAAAAGCAAGUCAACAGAAACAUCCCUUGAGGACUUUCCCAAUGUGAACAGCCAGUCAACAGAAACAUCAUUUGAAGAUUCUGUAAAUGUGAGGAGCAAAUCAACAGAAACAUCAGUGGAGGAUUCUCCAGAUUUGAACAACAAGUCAACAGAAACAUCAUUCGAUGUGUCAUCAAAUGAACAAAAUGAUGAUUCAAGAUCUUAACUAGGAAUGAAACUUCUGAAAGUCUGAACUUGAUGUGAACACAAGAAGACCUCAUUCAUAUUAAAGAAAAUGUUACCAAUUGUACUUUAUUUGUUCAUUAAUAAGGAUGAAGGGACCUGGGGUUCCUGUCUGUAUAUUUUACUGUAACUGGGAGAUUCUAUAAUUUGUAAAUGUUCCGUCCUUUGGUGUAUGUGGUUAUCUUGGUUUCU